AUGGCCUGCAAGGUGGUCGACGUGGGGCUGGACCUCUCCGACAGCACCAAGCUGGCGGACGUGAAGAACGAGCUCUUUGUCCUCGAGAAGGUGAAGCACCCGCACAUUGUGCGCAUGUUCGAGCACUUUGUCGUCAAUGAGCACCUGUACAUCUUCAUGGACUACGCCGACCUGGGCAACCUCUACCGCUUCAUGUACCUCCACCAGGGGCCGCUGGCGGAGGAGGAGGCGGUGCGGCCGUACGCGCAGAUCGUCAGCGGCGUCGCCUACAUGCACGCCCAGAAGAUUGCCCACCGCGACCUGAAGCUGUCCAACAUUCUCCUGAAGACUCUGACAGCUUCCGGUGGUGAAGAGGGAGGUGGUGGUGGUGGUGACAGCGUCGUCAUCCUCAUCGCCGACUUUGGCCUCAGUCGGGUGGUGUACCGCCGCCGCAGUGGCCUGGUCACCUGCAAGAGCUACUGCGGCACGCCCAACUACAUGGCGCCCGAGUUGAAG